AUGGCUUUCACAGCUUCGUCUCCUUCUCCCUCUUCUCUGCUUCGCGCUUCGUUCUCUUCACACGAGCCCAAAGCUCCAUGGGCAUCUUCUGUGAGUCAAUCGGAUCAAUUCUCCCUCACAUCGACAGCCGGGCCCUCUUGCCAGAUACCAUCGUUGCUAAAACCCAUUUCUGCCGAAAUCCACAGGACCAAAUCAGUUGUUCCACUUGCUGCAAAUGUGGCUGCUGCAGAGGUUGACAAUAACAAUGUAGCAGAAGACUAUGAAAAACUGGCCAAAGAGAUGGAAAACGCUUCCCCUCUUGAAAUUAUGGAGAAGGCGCUUGUCAAAUUUGGAAAUGAUAGUUCAAUUGCCUUCAGUGGAGCUGAGGACAUCGCCUUGAUCGAGUAUGCCAAACUAACUGGUCGGCCUUUCAGGGUAUUUAGCCUGGAUACUGGGAGGCUAAAUCCAGAGACGUACCAGUUUUUUGAAACUGUUGAGAAGCACUAUGGCAUUCACAUUGAAUACAUGUUCCCUGAUGCUGUUGAAGUUCAAGGACUGGUGCGAAGCAAAGGAUUAUUCUCAUUCUAUGAAGAUGGCCACCAGGAGUGCUGCAGAGUAAGGAAGGUUAGGCCUUUAAGGCGGGCCCUUAAGGGUCUCCGUGCCUGGAUCACUGGGCAGAGAAAAGAUCAGUCUCCUGGCACAAGGGCUGAGAUUCCGGUUGUCCAGGUGGACCCAUCAUUUGAAGGAAUCGAUGGUGGAAUUGGCAGCUUGGUAAAAUGGAAUCCUGUUGCCAAUGUAGAAGGCCCUGACAUAUGGAACUUCCUCCAAGUCAUGAAUGUUCCUGUCAAUCCUUUGCACUCACAAGGUUACAUUUCAAUUGGAUGUGAGCCAUGCACAAGGCCAGUUCUACCAGGGCAGCAUGAAAGGGAAGGAAGAUGGUGGUGGGAGGAUGCUGAGGCAAAGGAGUGCGGCCUCCAUAAAGGAAACAUAAAGAAAGAAGAGGCGCUACACCUCAAUGGCAAUGGAAAUGGGACUUCAGCAACAAAUGGGAGUGCAAAUGUCCCAGAUAUCUUUAACAGCAAGAACUUGGUUUCCUUGAGCAGGACUGGGAUAGAGAACCUGACUAGAUUGGAAAACCGAAGUGAACCUUGGCUUGUUGUGCUUUAUGCACCCUGGUGCCGAUUCUGCCAGGCAAUGGAAGGAUCAUAUAUUGAGUUAGCAGAGAAUCUAGCAGGGACAGGAGUGAAGGUGGGUAAGUUCAGGGCUGAUGGGGAACAUAAAGCAUAUGCACAACAAGAGCUGCAGUUAGGGAGCUUUCCAACAAUAUUGUUUUUACCCCAAGCACUCAUCAAAGCCCAUCAAGUAUCCGUCAGAGAAGAGGGAUGUUGCGACAUUAUUGGCUUUUGUGAAUGCCCUCCGCUGAGAACUUGA